AUGGCCGUCACUUUAGCGAUACCGAAUCAAGCACCAACAUUUCUUUCAUUCAUAGCCAUUUCACCAGACCACUUCGUUAUUAGCUCCCUCGCAUGGAGCGAUCCGACCAUAGAUCCACUUGAUGCUGUCACACUUUCAGCAACAGGCACUGGAUUAUUGACAUUAUUCAAGAUAUCGCCACAAUUGGAUGGAAUGUGAGAGUCCUCUGCAUGAAGCAAUAACAAAUACUCAUGAUCUUCAAGAACGAUAGUCCAAUCUUUACCUACGCCAUCCGGGGUCCUAUCACUCCAUGUCUCUGCAUCAAAAAUAGUCACUGGUUCACUGGAUGGCCAUGUGAGAACAUACGAUAUCCAUAUAUCCAACGGACGAUUAUCACUUCAACCAUCUCAAGAGUUUGCUUUCUUUCCUCCGACCACGGCAAUUACUUCAAUCCAAUACCAUCCAACUCUGUUGUCAAAUCUCGUUUGCACAACUAGUCUGGGAGGGGUUCACCUUCUCAGAAUUCCUCGAUCUCAACUCAGACCCGUAGAAGCGUGUUUGCGAAACGAGGAGGGGCUCAUGCCAUCACACCAUCCCCAUCCAGCCUGGGCUACUGCGUGGACACCACUACCUGGACCCGGAAGAGAAGUCAGUACUAGCGGUGGACAGGGUCUCUACACUGUUGGUGAUGAUGGAUAUGUCAGAAACAUUUCGUGGACUACUAGUCAGGACUUUCUCACCAAUAAAGAAAGAAAUUGUGAUGAGCCUCCAAGAAAUGUUCAUGGUGGUAUGGGAAUCACUGGUAUUGCAAACUUGAUGGUACCUGGUCGAAUGGAGGGAAGAGAUAUUGUUGUCACUUCUGGUCGUGAUGGCACGGUGAAGAUUGUGGAUUUGUUUACCAACGGGGGUCAACGUGGAGGCGCUCUUAGCACACUUCAAGUGAAUGAUAGUCGAGGCACAAGGGGAGUGAAGUUGUUCAAACAGCCACAUGUUCCAGACGAAGACUUGGAAGACAGAAUUUUAAGAAAUGAGCUUGAGGAUAUCGAACUCGCAAGACAAAUUGAAGUAGGAGAAGCAGAUAUCGAUACCGAUGACGAUGAAAUGGAGAUGGAGGAGGAGGAAAAAGAGAAUUUUCAUCAAGAUGGGGAUGAUGACGAACCAUUUGACGCCGACGAUUUCGGGGAAAGCAUAAGUUCUGGUCCAUGGAUCAAACCUCGGAACUAUACUUUUGUCGUCGGUUGUCUUGGGGUUGGGCCUACUCUUGUGGCAGCUCAAUGUUCACAGGGUCAAGAAACGGAAGGUUGGGAUGGAAGGAGCUGGGAUAUGCGAAAGAUUGCUGUUUUCGGUAAUCAUAGCGAUGAGAAAGCUUUGGUUUUCGAUGCUUAUUUGCAUGAAGGAAGAAUGAUCGGGGUAAGUGCUAGUUUGUCCAUCAGCAAUGGAAUUCCGGCUGCAAAGGUGUGUAUGUGGGAGAGUCAAUAG